AUGAUCUUUUCCAAAGUCUUCAAAUCAAAUCCGAUACAAUCAUUUGAAUUGACAGUUGCAUCGGGCGCCGGAGACAAUAUGAUUGCUUUUGGCCCUGCUUCCAUUAUAAACGGAAGUGUAAAGCUGUUACUAGAUAAACCUGUUCAGGCAAAAUCAAUAAGAGUAGUGUUCUCCUGUCAUGAAUGGGAUCAGCGGCAGGAACCUACCAAACUACUGUCGGUAGAGUCGGUUAUUUGGAGUCAAGAUGCUGAUAAUGACUUGCUGGAGAGGGGCAGCCACUUUUAUCUGUUUGCUAUACAACUGCCAUCAUCAGUAAACUAUCCACCUACGAUUCGAGACUCUUAUCUUGGUCACCGCAUCGAAUACACACUGCAAGGUCAUUUGGACUUUGCACUAGACAAUAACAUGCAUAAACAGAAAUCAACUGCCAGUGUACCUCUGACUUAUUUGCCUCUUGUGACAUUCGAUGACCGUAUGAAUCAAUAUGCAACUCGCAACAAGUCUAUAAGGAUCGAGCAAGGCAGUGAAUACGUACACGUUACAGCAAGCUUGGCAAAUCCUUCAUCUUGCCCAGGUGAUCUGUGUUCCAUCAAACUCUAUACCCAUAACAAAUCAUCUUACAGUAUCACCCAGGUGCACAUUGUAUUAUUAUCCACAGCAACAUCAUUGAAUGACAACAGACAUCCUGAUCCACCGAUAGCAUCAGGUCCUUCUUACCAACACAAACAGCGUCAGAUCUUGAACGAAUCGUUUUACGUAUCUAUACCCAAAAACACAAGCGACAUCACCACCAUAUGUCCAUUCAAAGUGCCUUCUUUCUGCGUGCCUACUACGCAAAGCCAUUUUGGAAAGUACAUUGACAUCGCUUACGAGGUGUUUAUCAUUAUUCCUGCUAUGGGCAGCCAUUGGGAUGGUUGUACCACCUCGCAACUAUUCCUGAAUACACAAGCUAUUCGACUUCCACUCUUUAUUACAACAGUGCCGUAUUGCUCUACACAACCUCCAAAGUUACAAAUCCCAUUUGCAGAUGAGAGCAAUGCCGAUGUACCCAAUUUUAUCAUCAAUGAAUCGCCCAUCCCGAGUCCCAUCACUGACGGCUGGGGACCAGGUAGUCCUGUUGAUCUGGAUGAUGAGCUCUGCUUACCUCAAACUCACGAGGACGCUUCAGGGCAUUUGAUGGUGCCUCCCAUUGCAUCGCCCUCAACUUCUGUCAGAAGGUCUCUCUCUGUUCACUCUACAACCAGCAGCGCAGCUUGA